AUGAGUCGUGCAAUUUUCAACAUACGACCUGGAGUCAAAUCCCUCUUCAAGCUCAAUAUGAUGGAUGAAGCGAGAAACGGUUCUGUUCUCUUUAUGGUAGCUCAACAAAGACGGCUUUCAGAUAUUGGAAUACGUCGUCUGUUCAGUUCAAGUAUGAAGAUUCCAAGAUCGUCUUCUGGACAGGGAUCGUCUGUAGGUGGUUCGACUGUCAUUGGAUUUGGAGGAGGUGGAGUUGGAGCUGGAGGAGUUGGGGGAGGAGUUGGAGCUGGAGUUGGAGCUAGUGGGGGUGGGGGAGGAGGAGGAGGCGGAGGAAAAAGGAAAAAUGGACAUUUAGUUUGGUAUAGAGAGAUAGUACCAGCCAUGUUACCGGUUCUUCUACUAGCAUCAACAAUCUUCUUAUCUCUUUCUCUCUUCCAAGCUCAUUUAUCCUCUCAGAAAUCAUCACGAGAAACAUCUGAGAUUAUAUCUAUCCUAGAAGCUCAAAUAGAAAAAUUACGUGUUGAGAGGAAAGAACGUAGAGAAAAGGAGAGGAAAGAAAGAGAAAGAGUUAUACCAUUCAUAGUUGAAAGAGUUUUGAAUAAAGUAAUUUAA